UGUAAUCUGUCUUUCUCUGGUUAUUCAGGACUCCGGCUAUGAUUGGCUGCUCCUUUGUGGUCGACCGGGAAUACUUUGGAGAGAUCGGUCUGCUGGAUCCUGGCAUGGAGGUGUACGGAGGAGAGAACAUCGAGCUGGGCAUGCGGGUGUGGCAGUGCGGUGGGAGCAUGGAGGUCCUGCCGUGCGCCAGGGUUGCCCACAUCGAGCGCACCAAGAAGCCCUACAACAACGACAUCGACUACUACGCCAAGCGCAACGCCCUGAGAGCGGCAGAGGUGUGGAUGGAUGAAUACAAAUCCCACGUCUACAUGGCCUGGAACAUUCCCAUGAACAACCCGGGAGUUGAUUUCGGCGAUGUCUCGGAGCGCGUGGCCUUAAGGAAAAGGAUGCAGUGCCGGAGCUUUCACUGGUACCUGGAGCACGUCUAUCCGGAGAUGCGGAUCUACAAUAACACCAUCACAUAUGGCGAGGUGAGAAACAGUAAAGCCAGCGGCUACUGCCUGGACCAAGGCUCCGAGGACGACGACAAAGCCAUCCUGUACCCGUGCCACGGCAUGUCCUCCCAGGUCAGGGCAGACUUUCUGCGUCGGUUGUUUUGCGUCUGUGAAAUUAAUAAUUUACAAAACAAAAACAAAAAAAAAAGUCAUUCAAAGCAUCACUGGGCCACUGAUUAAAAAGUUUUUCUUCAAUUUCAGAUUUCGUACUCCCCUGAAGAAUAUUUGAUAUAAUUAUUCUCCUCUUCAUGCUUUAUGGAGAGUAAAAUCAAAUUUAACAUUGUAAGUGGUGGCAGGAGAGAAGCGUGCAGCUUACUGAUUCUCUUUUUACACGAGCGUAGACGCCCACACGCAUUAUCUGUUGAAGAUUUUCACCGCGGAGUAACACGUCUUCCUCUCUAACAGGUAAUCCAGUUGAUAAGGAACUAAAAUAAGUACGGUGAUGUAUGCAGAGCUUUCAUCCAUACGCGGAAUCACUUAGGUUUCAUCUCCUACACAUCUGUUAGUUUAUUGUUUUGUUGUUGUUGUUUUUUUAGGAUGUGCAACUUCACAAAUGCCACAGAAUUAUAUGUGCUUAAGUUUGCCAUAGAGUAGAGGAGACGAACGUGAAUCAGAUUAUUGGUGCAUAAUAAUGUUCUGAUCCUGCAGGGGUUGUAAGAAACGCUGAGAGGCGAAGCUCUGAUCUGACAAAUACCGAAGGUGCCCUUAAAUCCUUAACAUGCAUUUCACAUAAUCUUACUGUGCAAGCUGAGAGCACGUUAUCGCUACAGCAGGUUUGGAUAACCUAAGAAAGUAAUUGCUUUUUUGCAGAGAAUAUUACAUGUUGCAGUAAUCACAUGUGUCCCGGAUGCUAAUGUCAGCAAAUAUGUUUUUUUUGUUUGUUUUUUUUUUAGAAAUGUUACAUGAAUGAUCAAAGGUUCACCUAUAACACAUUAAAAACAUUAAAUGUCUUUGUUAUUGAGCUCAUGUGUCGUCUAAUUAAAAAAAAAAUAUAGCAACAAAAAGUGUUUUGAAUUGGAAAUGUUUAUAGGCGACAUGAUUUUGGAUAAAAGUGUGAUUAAUUGAGAUGAAUUAUUCAACCUGCAAUUCACUUGAUUGAAAAAAUGUAAUUAAUUCCAACCACUGCUUUUAAGAUAU